AUGAUAGACGACUUGCUUAUAACAUCAUUGUACAUUUGUGAUUUAACUCUUCACGUAAUUAUUUGCAGAUCAAGUAAUCUGAAAAGUCUUGGACUUUCAAUCUAUGAACCAAUGACGAACAAAGGAGUUAUGAACGGGAUCGCAAAAUUUCCAUUGCUUGAAACCCUCGAGGUCUUUCACUCAUCGCUUAAACUGGAUUUGAAAGCUAUAGGCCACGUUUGCCCACAGCUAAAGACAUUGAAGCUAAACUCCUUAUGCUGCCCAGGGCCGGCCCAUGGCAAUUAUGCCAUAAGCCAGUUAGGCGACAUGCCCCCUCUCGUCGAAUGUGAUGAUGAUGCUCUAGCAAUCGCUGAAAGCAUGCCCAAACUACGCCACCUCCAGCUUAUGGGGAACGGACUAACCAAUACAGGCUUGAAUGUCAUUCUCGACCGCUGUCCUCACCUGGAACACCUUGAUGUACGCAAGUGUUUCAACAUGAACCUUGUCGGGAAUCUUGAGAAGCGAUGUUUGGAGAGGAUCAAAGAGUUGAGACGCCCCGGUGACUCAACCGCCGAUUACCCAUAUAAUAUCGGUGUGUCAGUUAUGCUUCAGAUCAUGAUUUCAUGCCGAUUCUAUCCGAGUCACAGGGUUGCUUCUUGAUGGUCUUGUCAACUUAUUAACUCGAUCAUGUCUCCUCUUUUCUCUAUGAUGCCAGUGACUAUUAUUGGUAUUAGAUACUGAAUCUUUCUGAACAAUGCAGAGAACAUGUGGUUUUUGUUGGUUUUGUCAACUUAUGAACUUGUUCAUGUCUCCUCUUAUUUUCUCUGUCCUUUUAUUUCCUUCUUAACUUUUUAAGCUUUGAGCGCGUGAUUGUAGCUCGCUAAAUGCAGUGGUUUUUCAUAA